AUGAGUGUUAACAGGCGUUACACUUGGUUUCUUGCAAUCUUGAUUGGUUCGUUCUUUGGAUAUUACAUGGUAUUCAAGUCACCCUACUCUAUUAGUCAAGUACGCGCCCUCGUUCAUAAUCAAGAUCUAACUGCGAACCCUACGGAAAGAGUUGCUACCAACACUGCGGACAUUGCCGGUGAUGAACGCCUCCCAAUCGGCCAUUAUGUUUCUAGAUUUGACUCUGUAAUUGGAAAAGAGUUCAUUUUUGACAAUUCAACUUUAGCUGUGGUGAGAAGUGUUCUUCGGGAUCAAACGUUCAAGCGAAAGCCAAUCGAGUCCAUCGAUGCCAAGACGCCUUUUUUCGAUCUCCUGGCUCCUGUAACUGCGUGUUCAAGUAACCACUACAGAGAAUUCAAACCUCACAUCGAAGAUUUUAGAAAGAAUUUCCCUGGUAAGAAAUGUUAUUUUUACGAUCCUGGAUUUAGUGACGAGCAGAUCAGUGAAGUUAGAAAGAUGCCUGACAUUGUGUACAGAAAAUUCGACUUUAAUGCGUACCCACAACACAUUACUAACUUGCGUAAUUAUGCUUGGAAAGUACUGAUAAGUAAAGAAAUGCUCUCUGAAUUUGACGGAACAAUGUGGUUUGAUUCAUCUGUAAAAUUCAAUGGAAACCUAACCAAUGCUCUAAUAGAACUUAUGUCCCGCCAAAACACCGGACCAGUGUUUUACCUCAGGACAACCGGCCAUUCCAUAAUAGCAGCUACUCAGCCGGGAGUAGUAGCCUGGAGUACUUACCGAUUAUAA